CAAGUGCCUCGUCGUUCACCCCAGUUCCUCUGCCUGGAACCGACGCUUAUCCCCGACUUGCCUACCAGCCACGCAAGACACUUCCCAGCUUGUCAUUUUCGCCCAAAACUUGACGACUUUUGCCCGUCAUGGCUCCUUCAAAGUGGGAUGAAGAAGAGGAGGAGAGUGUCUCUCCCCCUCCUAUUGCCCCCCGCCGCAAGUUCGAUGACGAGGAGGAGGAGGAGGACGUCCUCGACUCUUGGGAUGCUGCCGAAGAUUCCGAAGUAGAGCGCGAAAAGGCCGCGAAGGCCGCGGAGGCCAAGGCCAAGGCCGAGGCUGAAGCCGCCGCAAACAAGAAGAGCAAGGCACAGCGGAUACAGGAACACAAGGCCACGCGGAAGGCCCAGGCCGAUGCCGACUCUGACGAGGACAGCGAUGAGGACGAGGCCGAGCGGAGAGCCCGUCUCCGUAAGACAGAGAAGGAUUCCGACCUUAAGCACGCCGAGGACCUCUUCGGCGAUAUCGAUAUGAACCGCAUGCGCAACCGUACCGCCGCCCCCAAGGCCGUUGUCAUCAGUGACUCGGCGGACCCGACGCAAGCCAUCGAUCUGUCAGCCAUGCCUCUCUUCAAGCCUGCCACCAAGGAUCAGUUCACCCGCGUGACUACAACUCUGAUUCCUUUGUUGACCACCCAGUCGAAGAAGCCCCAAUUUGCUCUGUGGGCACAGGAGUUCGUUAAGCAGCUCGUCAAGGACCUGCCCAGUGGUGAUGUCAAGAAGAUCGCCUCCUCCUUGACCACCCUCAGCAAUGAGAAGAUGAAGGAGGAGCGUGCGGCCGAUAAGGGCAACAAGAAGACCAAGGCGGCCAAGACCAAGGUCUCCCUGGUCACCUCUAGAGAGAACAGGAUUGAAACCAACUCUUACGAUGAUGAUGGGUUGGAUGACGAUGACUUCAUGUGAUCUUGUUAAAACUGGAUCUUCACUUACAAUAUUCCUUUCCCUCCUAGCUUCAUUUACUCCUAUAUCCUUUUACAUAUCUCGUCUUUGUUAGACCGAUUUGGACAUGAUCUUAACAUGUCCGUCAGUUUCUAUCUAUAUCUUCUUGUCUCUUUUCUUUUUUUGGUUGUAUAUCCGUCAUAAAUUAUCCCUCUUUUCGUCCUAAUUCUUCGGUAGCACAUAUUAAUCCACCGCAUUUAAAGAGCUUCGUCAAGCGCAUGUAAAGGGCUACUAAAGGGCUCCGUUGAGCGCUCCUAAAGGCCUUCAUCAAGCGCUACUAAAGGGCUCCGUUUAGAGACUGUCUUGGUUAAAAUUGCUCAUUUAUCAUUUUCGGGAUAGGUGGUGACGGUGCUGUAGCUACUAUCUAUAGUGUGCUCCACUAUUGUAUGAGGAAUGCUAGGGGGUGGGGGGGCGCAAUGUAUCAAAUUGCCGGGGUUAUGGAUAUGUAGGCAAAG